AUGUCUUCCGAUAUAAGUCUCGAGCUUCGCAUGCCAGGAUUCAAUCUGAAACUCGAUACUCAGCCAGAAAGAUGCGUUCUUGAUGAGGAAAUAUUUGGCUUUCCUAAUGCACUGGAUACCGACCAGUUGGAUGAUGGAUACAUAUCCAACCUUGUCACCCACCGAGAGAUUCUCAUGAUGCGAAUCAUGAACACAAUCACGGAAAAGCCCCAGUGGGAAGAGAAGGUCUUUAAUGGGGAGAUUACGAGCAAAUGGCGUGGCGAAAUCGCACAGAGCGGCCAAGACGUGUCGCCAAAGAUGAUCGAUUGGAUCAUGAAGGAGCUUCAAUAUAAAGCCGACAUUUUCAAGAAGAAUGGAUAUGUUCAUGCCUUUGACGCAGGUGUGGUGAGAUCUGAUACAGCGGUAUCUGAGGAGAUACGGCAGGCAUUGAAACAAGCGGUUCAUCCUCUUGAAAGCAUCCCCGAAGACCAAAAGGACUAUCAUCCAGGUUCUGAAGACAAGGUUGUUGAUAUAGUGCACCCUUCGCUGUUCCCAGUGGUAUAUGGCCGAACUCAUGUCCUUCCCGACAAAACCAUUGGUCUUCUCAACUGCCUUGGCAGUGUGGGCCAGGGGGAAGUUAUCCCCGCCGACCCAGCAAAAGAUACUCAUGGCGAGUGGACCAAUGAUAUAUCCUACAGCAACAACUUCCAAUGGCUUCCUUGCGACGUGGAGCUUAUCGAUGAUAACAGUUCCCGAAUUGUGUCAUACAUCAAUAACGCCCAUCCCAUCCAACACAAGGCUUUAUACGGAGUCAUCGAGGAACUGAUCACUCGAGCUAUUCCACUAUGGAACAAAAGCUUGUCGUAUACCCCGAAACCUCGAAUUAAAUAUAGUGAGGUGAAAUAUGGCGAGCAUCCGGAUGGACCAGAGCCAGAACAACCGACAGGUGAAGACUAUGACGAGGAAGCAUUCUGGGAAUCCGUUUCCCGGUGGAACAAGACACAACCUGUCUUACAACCCGAACCAGAAGACUUUGUGGCACCGAGGGUAGAAGCAAGUCUCGAUCUCCGAAAGGACUUCCCGGAUACCAAGCUACAAGUCAUCGUGAAAUUGGCGAAUAUUGAACUGAACCCAGACAACGCCUCGUACGACGGUGGCUCGUGGCAUAUCGAGGGACAGCUAAAUGAGCGCAUAUGUGCUACGGCGAUCUACUACUAUGACUGUGAAAACAUCACUGAGAACACUCUUGCAUUCCGUCAACGUGGGUUAAUAGACAUGUUAGAGAUUGGAUAUCAGCAAGGAGAAUACCAAUUUUUGCAGGAUGUCUAUGGCUUCCCAGAGGAUGUUGAUGGCACUGGCGACUGUCAUAUCACACAAGAUAUCGGAGCUGUGAUUUGCAAACAAGGCCGACUCCUCACGUUCCCAAACACCGUCCAGCACCGGGUUUCUCCAUUUUCGUUGGCUGAUCCGUCCAAGCCUGGCCACCGCAAGAUCCUUGCUCUCUUCUUGGUGGAUCCUCAUCGACGGAUCAUCUCCUCGGCCAAUGUUCCCCCGCAGAGAGAGGACUGGAGCGCUGAGAGACAAGAAGCUGUGGAUCAAAUCCUGUCGCGUUUGCCAAGGGAGCUUCAGGAUAUUGUCCAGAGCGACAUGGACCCUUUGAUGACUAUGCAAGAGGCUAAAGAUCAUCGACAUGAGCUGAUGAAAGAACGUGGGCUCAGCUCUGGGAAGGCAAACGAACUGUUUGAGACAGGUGACUUCAAUCUUUGUGAGCAUUAG